AAAAACACACACACACACACAGAGCAACUCUCCACAGGAAAAGCUGGAGACAGAAUGCAGAGCAGCACCUCACAGCAGCCUCGGCGUGCAGUGGCAGCCCAAAAGGGAUCCUCCUCUACUUUGAUAGUUGCUUAAUUACUCAUGUGAUGCCACACAGAUGUCUGGGGGGGCUCCAGCCGAAAGUUUGCCCCACUCGUUCGCUGACUGACUGACUGAGUGACAGGAUCCAAGGGAAGGCAGACAUUUAAGGAGCGCCUUGCCGUGUCUAUAAUUGGACUCUUAUCAGCUUAUCUGCAGAUCGGAGAGUGGAAUGUGUUCAGCAAUGGUCUCUACGACACUACAUGUGUUGUUGCUAAUGGCCAUCAUGGCCGCUGGUGGAAUGGCUCAGAUAAACAGCACAGAGGACCUUCCUGGCUCUUCCUGGCCUUUCUCCACCACCGUUCAGCCCAGGGAGAGCCACAGCGGGCCAGGGAACCUCCCAGGCCCAAGGCCCACUUUCAGAGUAGCUACAACAGGGAACAGCACCAUGGGUAUGAAGGACAGGACACGCCCCCCACCCUGUGUGGUUUCGACCUCUGUUAAGGCCGCUUUCAAGGUCAUAAACACUAUCAUUUCCUGUGUGGUGUUCGUGGUGGGCAUGGUAGGCAAUGCCACCGUGCUAAGGAUUAUCUACCAGCACAAGUGCAUGAGGAAUGGACCUAAUGCCCUCAUCGCCAGUCUGGCCCUAGGUGACCUCAUCUACAUCGCCAUAGAUAUUCCCAUAAACGUCUACAAGCUCCUGAUGAGUGAAUUCCCAUUGGCUCACACCUCAUUUGGUCAGUUCCUGUGUAAGCUGGUGCCCUUCCUCCAGAAAGCGUCUGUAGGCAUCACAGUGCUGAACUUGUGUGCUCUCAGUGUGGACAGGUACAGGGCUGUAGCCUCAUGGAGCCGUGUGCAAGGAGUGGGAAUCCCCUUACUGACCGCUGUGGAAAUCGUGGUCAUCUGGGUGCUGUCCAUCAUCCUGGCUGUGCCAGAGGCCAUAGUGUUCAACACGACGUCCUUCAACUACAGCAACACGCAGAUUUACACCUGCAUGCUAGUACCCACAUCAACCUUCAUGCAUCAUUACAUUCAGUGGAAGGACUGGUGGCUCUUUGGCUUUUAUUUCUGUGUGCCGCUGGCCUGUACGGCCUUUUUCUACACCCUCAUGGCCUUUGAGAUGCUAAACCACCGGAAAGGAAGCCUCCGAAUCGCUCUAAGUGACCACCUCAAACAGAGGAGGGAGGUGGCCAAGGCCGUUUUCUGUCUGGUGCUGAUCUUCGCGCUCUGCUGGUUCCCCCUGCACCUCAGCAGACUCCUGAAGAAACUGAUGUAUGAUGAAAGAGACAAAAACCGUUGUGAACUAUUAAACUUCCUGUUGAUCAUGAAUCACUUUGGCAUGAACCUGGCCACUGUCAACUCCUGCAUCAACCCCAUCAUCCUCUACUUCAUCAGCAAGAAGUUUAAGAAUUGCUUCAACUCUUGCCUGUGUUGCUGGCGCCGCUCCAAGAGCCAAGGCACCAGCUUAAGCCCAAUGAACGGCACGAGCAUCCAGUGCAAAAACCAAGAGCCCAACAAUCACACUGAUCGCAGCUUGCGCAAAGACAGCGACUGAUCUGCGCUGCACGGCGCUGCCUGUGGCCUGGAGGACCCACUGCGAUUCAUCUGUACCUAGCUUUGUUGACAGGAUGAAAGCCACCACCUAGUUCAACUGCAGACCUUGACAUGUGAAGCUUUAAAGACAAAAGUGCAGAGGAAACUAGCGCUUUUCUGUGCCGGGCACAGUAUGAAAAGAAGCUGCUGUUAUAUAUUUAUAUAUAUCUAUAUAUAACCAACCACAGACUAGACAAUGGGACUGAUGUAUUUAAGGUCAUGUUCCCAGAAGCUUCUGGAGUUAUGUUUUGCUGUGAGACAGGAGGCAGUGGGUGGAGGAGAGGGGGGCAGGAUGCAGCUGAACGUCAGUUAUAAAUGAACCCCAAUCAGGGGCUUAGCAUGGCCCAUGAACACACAAAUACUAGGACCUGCACACACACAAACACAUGUGUGGGCUGUUAACAUACUUUCUCAAGGGGCAGGAAACUGAAGGAAGGAAGAGUGGAGUGGUGUGUAUGACGUUCUCUCUCUGUCAAUUUGGACUAAGCCAAAGAGGCCACCAUCACAAAUUUUCCUGAUGCUGCUCAGGAUUGAAACUCCCAAUUGGUCUCUAAAUAUGGACCUAGAACAUCUGAUGGACUUUAUAUUGUGCCUGGCGAGCUUGAUCCCACUUAUUUAAAGUCAUCCUGAUUGCACCAGACUGUUGAAACAGUUGGUAAGAUGGACAGCACUUUAGUUUAUUGAGGUGGACUGAGUUCAAAGGGCUAAGUCUUGUUCUUUACAGUGCUUUGAAAAAUGGAUUUGCUUUUCUUCAUUUUAUCAUGCUGUUUCUUCUCAGAUCCUUAAUGGAUCCAGAGACUAUCCAAAUUAGAACAAGAUGCAGUGUUCAGUUUCUGGAUAACAAAAAAGAAUCAUCAAUCUGUCUGUGUGUAGAACAUUGCUGCAGAACUCAGUAAACAUCCAGGUGCUUUUUUUCAAAGCUAACAUAAGCUAUUUCUAUGAAUUUUAACCCAAUUUUCUCCUUCGUUUUAGUCAUAAUCAGUUCUCACCCAGCUAGGCCCCCCUUCCUAAACACAUGCUAUCCAGCAGGGAGGGUUUAGGCCAACAUAUAAGUUAAGCACCACCACAUCUUUUCAAACUGCCACAAAUGUAGCAUCAUUGGACGAAAUGCUUGGAGGAGAGCUUUGAUACUUUUAUGUAGGCUAAGGGAUGCCAACGUUGGCUGACAUUGAUUGGAGCAGAAAAGGAGGGCGAUUCUACCCAAAGAGAGAGAAUAAGGCCAAUCAUGCUCUAUUGGCAUUGCUUGGAAACUACUCACAAUCUCCUAAUGACAGGUUGAACGUUUAGACUAGUGGUCACCAACCCAGGUCCUGGAGGUCUACCUUCCUGGAGAGUCUGGUUCCAAUCUCAAUCUGCCACACCUGCUCCAGCUAAUUCACUUGUUCUGAAGUUCUUGAUUGGCUGAAUCUGAGGCAUUUGUGUUGAGUAAGCAUGUUAGCUGGAGGUUAGGACUAAACUCUACAGGAAAGUUGAUCUCUAAGAGAAGGGCCGGGUACCACUGGUUUUGAUGGUUGCACCACUCGAGAGCCUAAAGUUAAUAUAAACAUAAAUGUAAGCUUUUAGAUGCCAGAAUUGGUAUUUAUUACUCUUGAGGUCCUACAGUUUUAGGUCGCCUUCAUACCACUGUUGUAAAUAAAAAUUGUGCUUUGAGCCAUCCCUCACAGACAGCUGUACACAUGCAUUUGUUGACAAGCCGAAGGUCAAGCAAUCUGACUCCUCUUAGGUUACAGCCUACAUUGCAAUCAUUAAUAUAUAACAUUGGCAGUGAUGUACACUCUGCUGCUGGAUUUUCGCCGUUCAUAGCUCCAUUAGCUAUCCAUUAACUAUCUAGCAUCCUUAUAUAUCUCGCCAACAAGUAAAAGACUGAUAUUUAGUCUUGUUCGGUCUCUUGAUUGGUCACUCUCUCGUUUGUCUUCUUCGCUUCCUCCAACAUCUUCUUCAGGCUCUUUAAUGUGUGAUGUGGUGCCAUAAAGCGUUGUGCGUUUAUCGAUAGAACUUUCGUGCCCGCUCCUCCAAAGCUACAUAGCAGAAUAGCAAGCAUUCUGGAGUGAAAAUGACAGAGAUAUGAUUCUCCCAAUUGUAAGUCAGUGUACCACUAAAAUGAUUUUGAAACUCUUAUUUUAAGGUAAAAUUGUUACAUAACGUUGCAGCUGUUUGUGUCUAGCAACUUUUGAAGGUUCAUAAACUUAUACUCUUUACUAAGGUAUGGUUUGGAAGUUGUAUUUUGUUAUUUUUGUCUCCCAGGUACCUUUUGUACCCAUCGUCCAAAUCAAACCUAGUAACUGACCAAUGUUUCCCAGGAACUAAACCUUUUCAUCCCUGUAACUGGAAUUUAUUUGAAUUUACAAUGACCUUUUCUUACGCAAAGAGCUGCUAGAGUCUAAGAAAAUGCAUCCAUUCACUAUGUAAAUCACACAGAAAUGCAGAAAACCUUUUUUCACUGCAUUCUACAUUUACGAAUUUUACCACUUCAAAUUGUUUGGACACUGCAGUAUUGUGUUCUAUAUAAAUACACUUGAUCCAUGCCCAAAUAAUGCGUUGCUAUACUGCACCACAUAUUCCAGAAACAUUUUAAACUUCACGUAUAACCAAAACGAAAAGGUGCUUUUUGAUCCUUCAUAAGGAAUGCAGGCCAAAGCUAAUGCUUUCUGUCCCACAGCUGGGCUUGCUGACCAUCAGCUCCAGUUAGCAAUGCAGAGGCUAAUGACUUCUGACCCUGUUCGAAUUUUAGACUUAGCUCUAGGAGGCUGUCCAAUUGCAACAAACCCUUGGUAAUAACGUUGAAAAAAAAAGAAGAGAGAGAGAACAUUUCUAAGUUCAGCGCGAGGGCUUGGGAAAAAGGGGGCCUCUCUGUCGAACCAAAAAACAACCACACCGUUUAAACAUCUUCCUUUACUCGCAACACUGUGAAUUCCCUAUUCCUAAGUAUUACUCAUUGUGUAUACAUUAGACUACCUUAGUAUGAACAUUUGUAACCUUUCUAUUGUCUUUAUUUAUGUCGGAUCAUAUUAUGUCACUUGUUAUGGAAUUUAGCAGCAGUCUGAGAUGAACCAGCCUAAAGACCCUUUUCCAGGAAUAUGGUGUCAUUUCUGUUUCUUCAUAUGAGCUUCAGAGACAGCUGGGAUUGGUUUCAAUCACAUUCAGGAGGCUUCAGUUUAUAAUAUUUUUUAGUGAGAAUAUAGUGGUUUAUACAACUUUUGGUUGCAUUUCAACUGAGAAAGGUCUGUGUUACUCAGAUUGCAGUUUUAGAUCAAUGCAACACUUUUCUUUCAUGCUUUUACAUUAUGCAAAAAGUGCUGAAUUUAAAGGAAUACUACAGUAUUUUUCCUAGUCUAUAUCUGUAGUGCAUCAUCAGUUAUGAUUUAACUAAUCUAGGUGUGUUUAGAAAAGAAGAGAAAACAAUGCAAUGCCAUGUAAAAUGCAGCACUGUCAAAACCCCUAUUCAUAAAGUCACCAUGGUGAUGAUUUGCUGAUGUCAUUUUUAUAAUGCAGUUUUUAACAGCUUCCCAGGCAAAAGCCAAUCAGAACUGACACGUAAAUGAAGGAAGACAUUUUAAGGACCCACACCAUGUAAAGCUCUGGUUAGCUCCUAAAUCAGAUACAGUAAAAGAAAUAAAAACAAAGAAAAUUCUCAUUAACACAACUGCAAACAGUUCUUCACUAAAUAUGGAGAAACACAUGGAGAUGAUUGUUUAUGUUAAUGAGUCAUAUGCUAAAGAUUUGACAGAUGAGGCUGAAAAACACUGAAGUAUUCCUUUAAAGUUACCAGAAGUUGUAAUGGGCAACCUUUUAUAUCUCAGCUCCUCUUCUAAAUGUACCUGUUGCAGCUCAGAUUACUAGCAGUGGUGUUUGAUGCGUCAAACUAAUCUAGAUAAUCUGCUGCUCUGACAUAAACAUAACAGAUGCCACUAUUGAUCCAGCCAUUCAAGUGACGUCUAGAGACCCGUGAGAGAGCAGCCUGCUUCUGGCUCAGUUUCCGCUGGGAAGAAGCUCCAGUCUGGAACUUAUCUGAGCCACAUUUUGACCUGUUUGGCAGUAGAAUUGUCAACGUCAUCUGUGUCCAGUUUAACGACAUGUGCUGCAUUCGUGGAAGGGUCUCAAAAUGUGUCUGUAAAGUGUGCUCAGCAAAUGGUUCUUACAAGAUAAUUUGGCUUUUAUUGGUGUGGCAUCACUAUGUCCUGACAAAUGUGUUUUUAAUUUGUUUAAGAAUGUUUAUGUAUGUAAUUAAAGUUCUUUUUCCAGUAAAGCUUAUAUAAUAUAAAAGCAUUUGUAUUGCUCCAA